ACAGCCGGAGCGGUGAGGGUCUCGCAGCGGCGCCGGCGCCGUGCCGGGCUCGCCAUGCUGCCCGUGUGGGUGUCGGGCGCCGCCGCGGGCAUCGUGUCGCUGCACCUGGUGCAGCGGCUGCUCUUCCCCUACUUCUGGGCUGACCUGCGGUACCUGCUGCGGGUGCUGCGGUACGGGCUGCGCGUGGAGGCCUACCAGCGGCGGGGCCGCGUCGUCACCGUGCUCGACAAGUUCGUGCGGCUGGCGCAGCGGCAGCCCCGCAAGGCCUUCUUCAUCUACGAGGGCGAGGUGCACACCUACGGCGCCGUGGACCGCAGGAGCAACAGGGUGGCGCAGGUCUUCCUCCGCCACGGCACCCUGCGGAAGGGCGACACGGUGGCCCUGCUCAUGGGCAACGAGCCCGACUUCAUCCACGUGUGGUUCGGACUGGCCAAGCUGGGCUGCGUGGUGGCUUUCCUCAACUUCAACAUCCGCUCCAGGUCGCUCCUGCACUGCCUCAGCAGCUGCGAGCCCAAGAUACUGGUGGUAGGAGCAGAUCUGGUUGGGACUCUAGAAGAAAUCCUUCCUGACCUUCCGAAAGAUGUUGGUGUUUGGAUAAUGACCAAAGACUCUUCUUUGCCAAGUGUACAUACCCUUUUAGACAAAAUAGAGGCUGCAUCUGAAGACUCUGUUCCAGCUGAUCGACGCUCUGCAAACAACCUCAAGUCAUCUGCUCUCUACAUAUUUACAUCAGGAACAACAGGUCUUCCAAAGGCUGCAUUCAUCAGCCACAUGCAAGUUCUCAAAGGAUCUGCUGGUCUGUGGGCUUUUGGUGCUACUCCAGAAGACAUUAUUUACAUUACUCUGCCUCUUUAUCACAGUGCAGCAUCUCUCCUUGGCAUUGGUGGAUGCAUCGAAUUAGGUGCAACUUGUGUGUUAAGAAAGAAGUUCUCAGCUAGUCAGUUCUGGAAUGACUGCAGAAAGUACAACGUGACUGUCAUCCAGUACAUUGGAGAACUUUGCCGUUACCUUUGCAACCAACCCGUGAAAGAGGGAGAAAAAAAUCACAAAGUCCGCCUAGCGAUCGGAAAUGGAGUACGAAAUGAUGUAUGGAGAGAAUUCUUAGCCCGAUUUGGUUCGGUUAAGAUCUGUGAGUUUUAUGGUGCUACUGAAGGAAACAUAUGUUUCAUGAACCACACAGGAAAAAUCGGAUCUGUGGGACGUACCAAUUUCUUUUAUAAGCUUUUUUUCCCAUUUGAUUUAAUCAAGUAUGAUUUCCAAAAAGAUGAACCUGUUAGAAAUAAGCAUGGUUGGUGUGAGAAAGUUAAGAAAGGUGAGGCUGGUCUUCUCAUUUCCAGAGUCAAUGCAAAGAACCCCUUCUUUGGUUAUGCUGGCAAUAAGAGUCACACAGAAAAGAAACUGCUCUGUGAUGUGUUUAAGAAGGGAGACCUUUACUUUAAUACUGGGGAUCUGAUGGUUCAAGACCAAGAGAAUUUUCUUUAUUUUUGGGACAGGAUUGGAGAUACCUUCAGAUGGAAAGGGGAGAAUGUUGCAACCACUGAAGUUUCUGAUGUGAUGGUAAUGUUGGACUUCAUACAAGAAGCAAAUGUGUAUGGUGUAUCUGUGCCAGCUCAUGAAGGGAAAGCAGGAAUGGCCUCUCUUAUUUUGAAGAAGAAUACAGUGUUAGAUUUGGAGCAGAUAUAUAAGCAAGUUGUGACCUAUCUACCCAGUUAUGCCUGUCCUCUCUUCUUAAGAGUGCAGCAAACAAUGGAAAUUACUGGAACUUUCAAACAACAGAAAUUUCGUUUGGUGGAUGAAGGGUUUGAUCCAUCUGCAAUCACUGAUCCACUUUACUUUCUAGAUCGUUCUAAGCAGGCAUAUGUCUCAUUAACCAAAGAAAUACAUGAGAGGAUCUUAUCUGGACAAAUGAAACUUUAAUUAAUCUAAUUAGGUUAUUAAGAGACAGACUAUACAAGUUACUGUGCAAGAAGUGAUAAGUUUAGUCACCAGUAUUUAUAUAUAGUUAUAAAAAAUAACAUUUUAUAUAUUUGAUACUAAAAAGCAGAUAUAUCUUGUGUCUUUCCUGAUUUGAUCAUUAUCGAUCACUAAUUAUUUUCUACCUCUUGAGACUAAAUAUAACCAAAUGACUUGUAAAACAUAUCUUUGAUCUAUUUUAUCUUAAAUACAGAAUUUAAAUGCUCAGAGUCUGCCAGUUUAUUUUAGUUUUUUAGCGAGAGAAAUACAAAAUGAUGCUUAGAAGGACUCAAAAAAUAACAAGUAUAUGGUGAUAAAGGUUAUUACUUUGACAGAAAAUAUGUUACAAACAUCUCAUCUACUGUAGUUUCCACUUCAUUUAUAUAUAUAGAGGUAUACAUUAUAUAUAAAAAAUAUCUUUUGAAUAUAUAUUUUAACAAAAUACAGACUUGGUAAGUGGUUGUGUUGUAGGAAGAAACAACCCCUACAGAGAGAACUUUGAUAGAACAUCUGAAGAAAUAGAAGGAAGCAGAAAAUGCUUUCCACACAAACUUGAAACUAAAAGGUUUAUACCAACAUCACUGCAAGGACUUUUGUCAUAAUCUGUGUUCUUUCUUUUAUUUGUAAACGAGCUGGUUAGAGUGUCAGAUUCUGAAGAAAAGCCAUACUUUAUAAUUUGUGUAGUAACAGAUCAGUAGUAGGCAGAGACAAUAUGCAUACUUAACAGGGAAAACGAGUGAUUAAAACAAUAAUACUAGCACUUUAUAUCA